AUGUCAUCACUCACCCAACUCCCGCUGACACUCAUCGUCGCCGCCACAGCCAAAAGCGGCAUCGGCAAGAAUGGCGGACUUCCCUGGCCGAUGCUGAAGAAAGACAUGGCAUACUUCGCAAGGGUCACAAAGCGAGUACACACAACGAAGAAUACGGACUCCGCCCAGUUUGAAACUUUGAACGAGAGCAAUCAAUCAGGCGCAAGUCGAAACGUGGUCAUCAUGGGCCGCAAGACCUGGGACAGCAUUCCGCCCAAGUUCCGACCAUUGAAGGAACGAACACACAUUGUCAUCAGCUCUCAGGACCGAUCACAGCUUCAAUCAGGAUCUCAGUCUAUUCCAGACGAUGUGGUCGUGGCUACUGAUAUUCUGUCUGGUCUGCAGUCGCUGGAAAGCCUCGUCAAAGACGGCAAAGUGCUGCCUGUUAGCCGAGCCUUUAUCAUAGGCGGCGCAAGCAUCUACAAAGCUGCAUUGGAGCUCCCGCAAACAAAUCGCAUACUUCUUACCAGGAUAUCCAAGGAAUACGACUGCGACACGUUCUUUCCGGAGUCAUACGGAACUCCCGAGUGGCGUCAAGCAUUGCAUCGCGAGCUUCAGGAGUAUGUUGGCGAAGACAUUGAAGAAGGCGACGUGGCAGAUGGGGAUGUUUCCCUCAAGUUCGAACUGUACGAGCGGUCGUGA